ACGCCAGAGACAACUCACUUAAAUUUGACCCCCACCUCGAAAAUUGUAUUACUGUUCUCACUGCACUGGGUUCCUGAAUCGUCAGUAAGCAGAAAUGCCUCCAAAGGACGCUAAAAAGGGCUCUGAUAAAAAGCCCAGCACUGCUGGAGGCGCAGUAAAUCAAAACUGGGAGACUGGGCUCAUCAAAGCGGAAUUUGAAGAGGACUCGUGGCGGGCCUGUGUGUCUGUUGUGGUUGGGAGAGGUCCGGAGAAGGAGGAAGUGAUCCAGGCUUUGGCUUUGGCCGUACAGCAACCACAACGCAGACUUUUCAGCUUGCUAACUUGGGACGACGCGCUUGCAAAGAUCCAUGAACUGGGGAAUCCCAAAGCAAAAAAACCUGAUGAUGCCCCCAUGUUCUAUCAGGUUACAGAGCCUGCUAAGCUGCUGCUCGAUGCAGGGGAGGAGAUUCCCUGUGAUCUGAUGGCAAAAAUACUGAAGUUCCACCUGCUACUUAUCAAAGCCAGUGAUCAGCAGAGGUCGGACGCUAACCAGGCUGAGGGGGAAAAGGCAGCGGUCCCUGAUAAAAAGGGAAAGGGUGCUCACACACCCCUGAUACCGCCCAUGGAGAAGAAGACCAAGCUGAAACGCAGGGGUGAUGUUGAGCCGCUUACAUUUAAAGAUGAUGAGCCAGAGUGGGGUCCUCAACACUAUAUUCUAUUACUGGGCUUCUACCAGCCGCACUUGAUAGCAGGGCUUGAUGCCAUAGGUGUUCAUGUAUCUCAUGUCAUCAAACUGUGUUUGGAGCGCCCCCAAAAUAUCGAGGGGCAGCAGGACCGAGACAGCUGUGAGGGAAAUGUGCAGCGUCUUGGCGAUUCUCCAGUUUUGGAUGCAGAAGCUGUGCAGGCCAGAAAGCUGGAUCGAUUCUGGUCAGGUCUGAGACCGGUUUUGGACAGUGGGCCACCAGACUCCAAACUCCAUGAUGUGGUUCAGCUCAGCUACACUGUUCCAGACUUUAUGCUUGACUUUCUCGCACAAGACCCUAAGACUAUGCUGGAGCUGGGAAGCCAAAUCUUUGACGGUGUGGCCAGUCUUAUCUACGACUGCCUGAACGUGAGAAGGCAAUAUCAGCAAUACCGAAACAAUCUCAAACUCACCGACGUGCCUGUUCUUGGCUUGUAUCCAGACCCUGUGGAGGUUGUGCCAGCAGUUCUCACAACUCCACUCUCCAAGAAGAAGUCAGUCCAGGAGGAAGUCGCAACAGACCAAAGGACCAGGCUGCCUCCUCUCUCUGUAGAUGUGGACAUGUGUUACUAUAACAGCCUGCUGGACCUGGUUCCUCCUGAGGCCUGCUCUGUGCCUUUGAUCUUGCACUGUAUGCUGGAACAGGUGGUGAUGUCUGCAGAGCAAUCUUUGUCUACCCUGCCCCAUGUGGCUGAGGAGUCCAAACCUCUCAGUGGUCCCUGGUUAGACCAUCAACUGGUCAGCUAUAUGCUCCAAAGAUUCUUGCCUCUGAUACACACAGAAGAGGAGAGACACUGCUUGUUAAAUAACCUCCUAACUACAGUACAGAAUGAAGAGGAUAAGAAGAGGCUAGUGGCAACAUUUGGAGCAAGGGAGACUGAGAAGAAGCAAGAGCAAUCUCUGGUUAUCAGACACCACGAUGAGCGGGCGCUGCGCUUCAGAGACAUUGGUGUGGUUCAGGAUUUCGAUCCAGCGGAGGUGGAGUCGUCCAUGAUGAGGCAGGCUCCGGUGUGGGAGCUGAUUGAGUCAGUCGCUCAGCGGAAAGACAGAAAAUCCCGUUGGAUGUCCAUCAAACAGCAGCUACAACACUACUGCACAGAUGAUAACGUGCUGUGGCCGGAGGUGGAGCGUUUUUUUCAUCAGAGUGUCUUUGAGGCGAUGCCGCUGACCACGGUGGAUCAACAGGGUGUGUUACUUGGAACGCCAGGUCCAGCACAGCAGCAGCCAUCGACAGUCAUCCCCUGGGAUGACCCGUUAGCCUUUGCUAAACAGCAGCUUCAUAAUAUGCGGAACGAAGGUUCAACAUUUCUUACCGACGAGCCUGGUAACAGAGAGGAGUACAGUGGUAGAGUGUGCAGCCACCUGGAUUUAUCUGACAUACAGAGCUGUAGGCUGAGAUCUCUGCUUCACUGGCGCUAUGCUGAGCACCACAAUGCCGCUGUCCUACCGCAGGUGCUCCAGUUAGCAUCAGAGGAAUACCGCUGCUUGGACACCUUCAGAGGAAGCCACAACAACAUCCAGUAUAUUUUUUGCCACAAUCCCAUGAGUCCUCACCGCCAGGCCAAAGAGUUCUGGGAUGUGGCCCUUCACACCGAUGUCAAGUUCAGAGAUUACUUUGAGCAUGUGGCAGAUAAAAUUUCAAACUGGACAAGAGAGGAAGAAUUAAAGAGAGAGUCGAUGCAAGACAGAAACGACAGCCAGAAAUUCGAUUUUCCAAAAGAUGAAAAAACUGUUUGUUCUGCAAAGGAGGAAGACAGCGUGGCAGGCUUCAUCAGAAAAGACUCUCUUAAAGCCUGGAAGUUAGAGCAGGAGCGGCAGAAGGAAGAGCCCAAAACGUCAAAGAAAGAGGAUCUGCCUAAAGAUAAGCAGCAGAAAAAGCAGGACAGGUCGUCAGACAGCAAGAAACAGAAAACCUCAUCUGGUGACAAGAAGAGCAGGCCGGGGACAGCCAGCAGCUCAGCCAAGCCUCCCACAGAGUCAACGACUACAACAGCACCCCCUGUGGAUGAAAACAAAGAAGUGCACCAGGCAGAGGAAACCUUCAAUGGUUUCACAGGCUACAGCAUGGAUGGAAAAUUGAUCCACGUGUCGGGCUGUCUCCAGCACCUUUUCCCCUCAGAUGGCGGACAUAUCUCUGUAGAGAAUGUCAGCUUUGUUCAAGGUUCCAGCCAAUUGAAAGUCGCUGUGAAGAAGGAUGGACAUCAUUUCUACACACACGUCAACCAAGUUGUAGUUGAGCCUGCUAAACAUCCUCCUCAGACCCAACGCAAUAAAAACACUGAACCAGAGAAGGACUGUAGAGUGACUGCACCUGUAGAGGUAAAAACAGUAAAGCAGGGCUCCCUCUCAGCAGUGCUUGACAACAAAAUCCGACUUUCAUACAGUUUCUAUGGUCCUGCAGGAGAAUACAAAGUAAUUUCCCAGGAAACCAAAGACAAAAUGCCAGAGACAGCCAUCCUCAACCCCAUUCCUUCGUCUUCCUCCACCCGCUGCUCCAAAGGAAAAAAUGUGGAGUCAGUUUCCUCCAAGACACAAGCCACAUUUAGCCAGAUCAGACCUCCAGAGUCCCAGGGUUGUGAAGGCCAACCAGCAGUGCAAUCAAGUCCAUUCAACAGUCUCAGCCUGUCUGUUCCCAAUGGGCUCCUGCUGCAGUUUCUACAAGAAGAUACACAAGGUGAAGAAAAGGGUAUUUUGGUGAGACAAAGCUUUCCUCUUCAUGCCAGAGAAAAGGCAAGGCAUCUUCAGGAUGCAUCUGUCUCCAAAGAAUUGUCCCGUGUUAUCACCAGCCAGGGAGCUGUGAUCCGUUACAUGAGAGAUGGAUCCACAGAGGUGCUGUUUGCUGAUGGCUCAGUCAGUUUCAGUCAGGAUUCUGGUCCAGUGUGGGUCUCUGACUCUGAGGUUCAGGAAGAAAUCUCUAAUCAGGAAUCUGAGGACAGCAAGGAAGAACAGUGCAUAAAGGAGGGAGUUAAGGAUCACAGCGGGUGUUGGCUGACUACAACACCAUGUGGAGAUCGCAUCUGCACUGUUGGGGACCACACACACACACAUACCUACCAAAUCUCUUCUCACUUUAAAGGCUACAGACCCCAUCACCCAUCAGGUGAUGCUGAACCGGGAGGAUCUGGUGGUUUGUGUCCAGAACCCAGAUGGGUGUGUAAUUGUAGAACAUGCAGACGGAACCAGGAUCACCAGCCUCUUUCAAGAAAGGCCACUGACUGCAAAAACACACUGUUCGCUGCACGCAGGAGUGCAGCCGGGGAGUGUAACCCUCAAAUCAGCUUUUCAUCGUGCAAGCGUUGCUGAGGACAUUAAUGUCAAGGACGCUUGUCUCAAUGGAGAGAUUAGCAGGAACAGUGCAGGGAAUACCUGUGACAGGGAGGGAACUGUUGGUGAUUGCAAAGCCUUGAAUGAGCGUGGAUGUAUGUGUGAUGAAAAGGAAAGUAGUGUGGCAU